AUAAAGCUUCUUCUGAAACAAUGGAGGAAGUCAAGUAGUCAAUCAACAAAUUACAAAAUGGCUAACUGUAACUGGCUGAAGACCGUCAUCUUACUCUUGACCUUGACUUUGACAGUCUCAGGGCAGUUCAGCCGUGAUAAGAUCAACAUAGGCACACAGAAGUUGAGGAAGCUGCCUAACGAAAAAUGUGGAGUCACUGCUUACGAAGAGAAAAUUAUCAUAGGAGGAGGAGAACGAGUAGGCUUAGGAGCGUACCCAUGGAUGGCGGCUCUAGGGUACACCAGGGGUUCGUCCAAUGUUCCUACAUGGGCUUGUGGGGGCAGCCUGAUCAGUGAUCAGUACGUGUUGACCGCUGCCCACUGCUUGGAUCCUAAGUUGACUGCCGGUUUCAAACUUUCUGUGGUCCGUUUGGGAGACUUGGACUUGACUUCCACAGAUGAUAACGUAUUUCCCAUAGACGUAGACAUAGAGAAGAUUAUCUUACACCCGGAGUUCAACAACUCGAUCAAAACUAACGACAUCGGUUUGAUAAAACUUGACAGGAAGAUCGAAUUUACUGAUUUGAUCAAACCGAUCUGCUUACCAUCUUCGGAGUUCCAGAAUAAUAUUUUCGUCAACUCAUGGACUGUGGUAGCCGAAUGGGGGCUCGAUGAGCACGGAGUGGUCAGCUCUCGGCUGUUGGAGGCCGAACUCCAAGUAACCGAUCUGGCGGAGUGUCGCAGGAACCUCACCUCUGUUUUCCCACAGGUUGUCAUCGACCAGAGGGUGGUUUGUGCCUACGCUCCAGGCAAGGACUCGUGCCGAGGUGACUCCGGCGGCCCACUCAUGAUGUAUAGAAUGUACAAUGGCACACGUAGGGUUUUCGCAUUGGGGAUUGAUUCCUACGGGAAAAGUUGUCUAAAAGAAGGAUUUCCCGGAGUUUACACAAGGAUAUCAGAGUACAUGGAAUGGCUCAUCGAAAACAUGGACCUUUAACUUGUUCGCACUUUCCUCUUGGUUCAAUUUUAUAUUUAUUCAUAAUUAGCUACCCGCGGAUUAAUGCGCAAUUUUUCAACAUCGAAGAGUGCAGCCUCGAUUAUAUAUAUUUACGUACGAUUAAAGAAUUACUGCGAUCAAAAAGUUAUGUACCUAAAUAAACUCUUAAGAAAGAUAAGUUUACAGAGGAAUCAAUAACUUUUCAUGGUUUGUACCAAGGUGUGUGUGUCCCUGCGGUGUAAGUGCCUUCACUUUAACUUACUGUAGAACUGAGAUGCCAAAAAUUAAGUUAAUCCAAGAAUCAUUCACGAAAACAAUUCAAAUUAUAAUAGCCUCGCCUUGAAAAUAAACAAUUUGAGUACAACAGAGAAAUGCUCGACCCGUAAGUCAGAAGCUGGAAGACUUACGUCGGACCUCUGCUAUCUCGCUGGGCCCAGUACUGACACCAUAAGCCUUGUCAGCUACAUCAGGUGAAUAUCAUCAGAAACCACAGGUUUUUUUUUAAUUAAAUCGAAAAAAUUCCUGAUAUUGUCUAUCUUCAUCUUUGUUGGAUCUUGUAUCUGAAUGUAUCUUGAAAACACUAAUGCCUGACUACAAACUUGUGACCAACUAUUUGAGUUCCCUAAAGACUGGAGGCUAAUAUGGUUAGGUCUAAUUUUGAGGCUAGGACAUAAUUCUCCGGAACAGUAUAUUACCAUUGAGAAAAUAUUUGAAUAUUAAACAAUAAAAUUAUGUGGUAAAAGUUAAUAAUUUUUUUAUAGAAACCGUUUAAGCUGCUGCAAACUCUUAUUUCUGACGUAUUGAAGCGGUCUAAGAAUGAUAUUUUCUGUUGAUCACUGACGAUUUAAAAAAAACUUUCUCUCUCCAUACAUUAAAGCAAGACUUCUUAAAUCUGUUCCUUUUUGGUCCUACAGUGUUUGCUCUUCCUACAGAAUCAUUGGAACCACUUCAACAUGCCUAAAUAACGUGAUUACCAACUUUCAACUGUCUCCCAGUUUUUUAAACGAAACUGCUCUUCAGAUAAAGAAUAUGCUUACAGUAUCUGUUCAAUCAAACCGUAAACAUAAAUCAGUCAAAGUACCUUUAAAAACAGACGAAUCUUCAACAAGACCUCAGUAAACCAGUUUUAAAAUAUUUUCAGAAUUCUGAAAUCCAAAACAUUUCCUAUCUCAAAAACUUAACAUUAAUGCCUUUUAGAGCUAUAUGUCAAUAAACAUAAUUAAAAUAAAGUUAUAACUAAGAAUGAGGUUAAUAAUCUUCCAUAAUUAAUUCAAUUAAUUUUGCAAAGUAUUCUAAAUUUCCUUGCCCGUGGGACACGGAGCAUUAUUUGCUUUUUCUGAGACACAGUUUUCUUCUGGGAGCUGCCAAUGUGCUGUCACUUAAUGGUCUAUCAAGUCUCGAACCUAUCCCGGUAGCCACUUCUGCACAAUACAGUUUAUGCUGAACCAAGUAGACAUUAACUAUCAAUUAAUUAAUUGACCAAUAAAAGCUAACUGGAUCAUGUGGAGUAAGGAGAAUUUCACGGCCAAUGAUGUGUAGAAUGUUUCUUUAUUCUGCUCCAAAUCCUGAUGCCGAGGGGAUACACAUUAAGCGCACCUCACCGUAAAUAUACUUUAUCCUUUUGUAGCCAUUUUAGCAUUUUGCAAACAACUUAAACCUUCAAAGCUAAAAAGAGCUAAAUUGAUUCUUUCUUUGUUUAUUGAACUAACUCCAUCCGUAUAAUUCCUCCCGAUUAGCAGAAGGUUCUUUAUUUGAAGUUAAUUCACUUUAUUUGAAAUAUAGUCCGACUGAUUGCAAUACUUGAGUAUUAGUGUAAGCUAUAAGUUUAGAAUAGAAAACUGUGUGAGUUUGUUCUUGGUUUUCAAUAUUCAUGUAAUUUUAAUUGAAUACAUUGUUUUCUUAUAAAUUGAGGCCUAAUUAACUUACCUUACGUCCGUCGUGUUUGCUCUGGCACGACAGGCUGCUAAGACUCGUUUAUACACAUUUAUAAAUCUUGUUUCAAAGAAACCUUUCCACUUACACUUAGCCCACAGAAAUCAUCCAACAUCAUGGAUGAUUUAGGGGAUUAAAAUAUCCUGAGAAAAAAAGCUCACGGUAUGUAGACCAGCGCGAGGCGGACUGUCCCCAACUUACAAAACGUUAUAAUUGUUAUAGUAUAGCAUUAAAAAGUAAUUAAAGCUGCAAAGAUCACGAUUAAUAAUAAAUAUAUCUCCGGUGCUGAAUGCAAGGCAAGGGCUGUUUGGAAAAUAGUGCACAGGUACAUUGAGAUAUCAUUUGCAAAAACCACCUAAAGAUGUCUUGCUCAAGGAAAACAAUUGUAAAAUUACCGAUUCAUCUGGUAAUUUUAGUGACAUUUUUAUCACAUCGUGUUUUACACUAUUAAAUUCACAUAACUCUAGUUAGAUAACAAAAAUAAAACGAUGUAUCUCUAGUAUUUUUUAUACAAAUUUGUGAAUGUCACCUUUUUCAAUUAAGAAAAAUUAGAACUUCCCAGUUUAAAUCCAUUUAAUUACUAUUUGUGGAGAUUCAGACCCUUUAAACGUUAUCCAUACUUACUCAAAUUUCAAUGUAGAAUAAAUACCAUGGUAGUAAUAAAGUUCGGGGAAUGUGUCCCAAUGUCAUAGAUAUUUUACACUUCUUAUAAAAUGUUCAUGUUUUUGUUAAUAAAUUAAAAUAAUUUUCCUCUG